GUCUGCAGGUGCAGAUUAAUCCUGAAUCAGUGAAUGAGGGAUCCAGAGUGACACUGACCUGCAGCACCACCUGCAGUCUGAGUAACAACCCCACCUACAUCUGGUACAGGAACACACAGCCUGUCACCUACAAAUACACAGCCACUGGCAACACCCUGACCAUAAACUCAGCCACACCUAAAGAUGCAGGUGACUACUCCUGUGCUGUUGAAGAAUAUGAGAGUACCCCUUCACUUGAAAGAACUCUCAUCGUCAAAUAUCAACCUAAAAACACUUCUGUAUCAGUGCAUCCCUCUGGCGAAGUGUUGGAAGGUACUUCAGUGACUCUGACCUGCAGCAGUGAUGCCAACCCACCUGUGGAGAACUACACCUGGUACAAGAAACUCGAGUCCAGUUCUUCCUCUUUGUGGUUACGAGUAGGAGAGAGUUACAACAUCACCAGCAUCACAGCCGAGGACCGCGGCCAUUACUACUGUACUGCAGAAAACAAAUAUGGGACCCAAAACUCCAGCACUACACAUCUGGAUGUGCUCUACUUCCCCAGGAACACCAGAGCAUCACUCAGCCCCCCUGACAGCGUUAAAGAGGGCGACUCAGUGACUCUGACCUGCAGCAGUGAUGCCAACCCACCUGUGGACAACUACACCUGGUACAAGACUGCUGGCCGUGUGACCGUUAUCCAGGGAACUUGGAGGGUCCCCAACAUUAACCUCACCCUCAUCUCGGGUCUGGAAGGAUAUUACCAUUGCGAGGCAGGAAACAGGCUCGGAAAGGACAACUCAACCACCGUCCAAGUCCAGUUCUCCAAGCCAGAUCCUGGCUUUGACAAGAUGAUCGUGUUUGCUGUUGUGGGGGCCGUCUGUGCUUUAGCUGUCUUCGUCCUGGUGGCCAUUGUAGCCUGGAGGUGUGGAAUGUCCAAUCCUGUAUACAGCAAUGACCACAACAACUGUGAAGACUCCACAGCCUGUUCCAAUGACCAGAGUGUCUCAGCACGCUGUGGUGUUGGUGACAAUGACAAGGAUGUCGAUGCUGUCCAGUAUUCCACCGUUACGUUCAUUAAGGUGAGACCGAAGAGCAAGUGUCACUGA